CCAUCUUGCGAAAAAUUUCAGAACUGCAGCACCUUCGACAUCCGUGCAGACGCACUGCACUAUGGGAAUACUACAAGAUGGCCGUCUCUGCUGAAAAGUUUGCGGAAAACAAAAAUUCCAGCGUCCAUUCCUCUACGAAUUCGCUACCUGAAGUCUUCCUAACAAACUAGGGUGUUCCGUCCCUCUGAUGACCUCACAGCUGUGCCAUGGCGUCCCUGCUGCGACCGCGGUUUGAGAGCGAGCAGUCCUUCAGCAGUACUGACCUGAACGACAGCGGAGUGUCCAACGAGACCGACACGGCCGACGAGUUCGUCUUCAAGGAGUCCAACCACCCCAUCCAGAUCCUGGAAGGUCUGAACUCUCUACGCCAAACGGGGUCCUUCUGUGACGUUAGCUUGUGCGUGGACGGGAUUGAGUUUCCGUGCCACCGCGCCGUCCUUGCGUCGUUUAGCCCGUACUUCAAAGCCAUGUUUUCCAACGAGCUCGCCGAAAGCCACCAAGAGAAGGUCACGAUCAACGGCGUGGAAGCCCCGAUGAUAGAACUGCUUCUGGGUUACGCGUACACUUCGGAGAUCGUGAUAACGAAAAUGAACGUGCAGUCACUGUUGGCCGCAGCGAAUCUACUAGAGGUGCUGCCAGUUAGGGAUGCGUGCUGCGCGUUCAUGGAAAAACACAUGGACGAGAGCAACUGUCUCGGGAUCCACUGUUUUGCGGAAGCGCACGCCUGCUCGGAACUCCAGGAAAAAGCGAAGAGUUACGUUCUGACGUCGUUUCCCGAGGUGUGCCAACAGGAGGAGUUUCUUGCGCUCUCGCAGGGAAAGGUCGUAGAGUUCAUCUCGGAUGAUAAACUGAACGUGGAGAAGGAAGAGGACGUGUUUGAUGCAGUAGUUCGCUGGUUGAAUGCAGAUACAGGGUCAAGGAGACACGACUUCCAUAAGGUGCUGGAGCAGGUGCGACUGCCCUUGUUAAGUCCGUACCACCUGCUAGACUGUGUAGACAGCCACAGUGUGAUCCAACAGUCCCAGCCCUGCAGACGCCUGCUGGAGGAGGCCAAGAGUUACCAGUUACUGGAGGAUCGCAGGGGGGAGAUGUUCAGUCCUCGCACACGGCCCAGGAGAUCCACAGGCACAGUUGAAGUGAUCAUCGCGGUGGGAGGUGAGGAUGAUAAGGUGGUACUGCGGAGUGUGGAGAGUUAUGACCCCACCAUGGGACAGUGGCGUACGCUGGCCUGUCUCCCGUUUGCUGUCAGUAAGCACGGACUGGUCGUUUCAGGUAACAACACCUUGUACAUGUCAGGAGGAGAGUUCCCGGAUGGUUCGGCCAGUAAAGACAUGUGGAAGUAUGACCCCAUAUUUGAUGUGUGGACAGAGAUGGCACCCAUGAAUGUACCCAGGUCUGAGCUAGGCCUAGCCAUGCUGGAUGGAUUCGUGUACGCUGUGGGUGGUUGGGAGGGGUCAUCGCGACUGGACUCGGUAGAACGGUACAGCCCCGCCACGAACUCUUGGGCCUUCGUCGCACCCAUGAAGAUGGCAGUCACCAGUCCCGCCAUGGUGGCGUACAACGGGAAACUCUAUGUCACAGGAGGAGCUGUACUUGAAGACGGAGAUGGUAUUGACCUUGUGCAGUGUUACGACCCUAAGACUAAAGCCUGGAUGGAGCUCCAGCCCAUGCUGAUCGCACGGUCGGGGUCUGCAGCUUGUGUACUCAAGGGGUUCAUCUAUGUCAUAGGAGGUUGGCAUGCCUCCACAGAGAACACUAACAAAGUAGAGCGGUACGAUGUGGAGAGGAACCUGUGGGAGAGCAGGGCGCCCAUGAACGAGCGCAGGUACCGCCCGGGCGUGGCCAUCGUGGACGGGAAGAUAUAUGUGUGUGGAGGGGAGGAGGGCUGGGACAGGUACCAUGACACCAUAGAGCGUUAUGAUGCGGAGACAGACAGCUGGGAGAUUGUGGGGGAGAUGCCGACCAGUCGCAGCUGGCUCAGCUGUGUGGCCAUGCAGAUGAGAAUCAGCAAGCCUGCAGCGCCCCCUGACGGCGAGGCCGGAGCUGCAGCUGCAAGACCCCUGUAGGUGGUCAGGAAAAACAGCAUGGGGAGUUGGAACAUAGCUCUACAAUUAUAGAAAAAUUCACAUUCAAAAAGAGGUCCUGUAGAUACAUUUUAAAUUCACAGGGAUUUACUUUCGCGGUAGCGGGAAAAUGAAGUGUAUGCAGUCAGGUUUUAAGUUCGCGUGAAAACUGUGAACAUAAACCCACAGCAAACAUUUCUGCAUUUACAGUACUACCAGUCCUUCUUAUUUAGCUUACACAGUCAAACCUGUACAAGUGACCACCUCUACGUGAGGCCCACCAGGCCAAUGUGGCCACUUUUUUUGUUGGUUCGCUUAGAUGACUUUUUGCCAUUAGAUGACUGUCUAUAGUGAGCACCUGUCCACAUAGGCCAAAUUUUGUUGGUUCCCUGAAUGGUUUUCUUGGGCAAUUUGGACCGCACUUCUGAUCAAUUUAUUUGAUUCUGUCCAAUUCUUUCUAAACAGAAAUUGCUAUUGUGUAGUUUAUUUAUAUACAAGAACUUUAGAGUAAGUUACUCAUGUGUCAAUCCUAUAUGUUAUUUCUUGUAGUCAGCGUUUUAUUAUAUUUUUGUAUGGUAGCAUGACAAAAUUAUUGACUAUGUGAUGUAUCCAUGAUGCAGUCAUGAUAUGCAGUAUGUGCAUGAACGUGUAAGGUCUGUAUUUCUGUAGCUUAUAGAAGUAAAAAAUAUAUGAUCUUGACAAUCAAUGGAAAAGUGUGCCUUGUGACAUAUACAUGUAGAUGCUAGCAUAUGUAACAUUCAAUUUUAGAACUGCCCAUUUUGUUUCAGAGAAACUUUUUUCAUUGUCAUUGGAACUUCAUGGUUGUGUACAUGUAGGCAUGUGACAUUUAUCAUUUUCAGUUGUUGAAAAUGACAUAUUAUUUGUAAUACUUUAUUUGUACUUAGUCACAUACAUUACUCAUUAAUUAUCGUUAUCAAUAGAAAAUACCCGUGUAAAAUAUGCAUGUGUAAAAUAGUACAGUUGUAUACAAAAGGAUGUUUGAAUUCUGAGAGCAGAAAAAUUGUGAAGCAAAUUUUGUUACGCAAGUUGUUAAAGUUGUAGCUUGCUGAAAGCAUGGUUGAAAAGGUUUACCAAGUUAUUUUGUAAGUGGCCAAAUUAUGGAAGAAGAGGAGUGAUAUUGCGGGUUUCUAGGCAAAGAGUAAGAGUGCUUAGUACGUGUUUUGUUUUGUUUUGAAGAAGCAAUAGAGAGGCUGAACAUUUGAAGAGAUAUUGUGCUGCUAACAAAACAAUCACAAGAGACAGAGGUAGGAUAUGCGAAGUGUUUGUUACAUUAACUACAUUGUAUGUUUGUAACAGACAGUGUUUAGAAGAAAGUUUUGAUCGUAGGACCAUGACUAUUGUAGAGAUUUGCAUACACAAGUCAGAAUGUAGAACUUGUUUGUAUUCAAUAAUUAUGGAAUAAGACACAACCAGGUACUAGUAAAUGACUUGAUUGAACUUGAGCUUGUUGCAAUAUGUGAACUAGUGCCUGGACAUAUUUUUCAUUUUGGCAAGACCACGUUUGGAAAAGUAGGGUACUUAGCUAGUAAUUUUUGUUUUUGCUGUUAGUAAUAUUUUGUUAACAUUACGUAUGAACAAUAAUUGUUGUAACAUAAUGGGAUAUGUUUUGCCCUUUGUAAAUAUGUUAAAGUUGUGGAAAAAACAUGACUUGUGCAUUAAGGCAACCAAUUUUCUAAAAUGUGAUAAUUGUGGUAGCAUCUACAAUAUAGAAGUAGCUUUUUCAGCUAAGCAAAUUAACAUUCCUAUUAUUAUAUUACGUAAUGGCUUUGCUAACUUUGUGCCCUCAGGAUUGAAAGUGUGUGAGCUUCUUCAGAAAGUAGUAUUUUUGCACUAAUGUGUAUGUAUAAUUAUGUCGUGUAAAAUAAUGUCUUCAUUCCAAAAGAGUGUUUGAUUAGAUAGCAACAUUUGAUAUCAUCAUCAUAUACAUUUGAUAUUAUGGUAUCUACUGUUGGUUUAUUAUUUAGAAGUAUUUACAAACUAAAGGAAUGCUUUGGUUUACUAUGUGAAUAGGUCUCAAGUUAUAAUUACUUUAAAGCUUUUUGCCCAGUUUAGUAGCAGAUUAGUUGUGUGAACAUUAUGUAUAUUAGAAGACUUGCUCUUCAGUAAACAAGUGUUAGCAAAGUGUAUAUUAUGCAGUAUCAAAGCAACGUUAGUUAUGAAGGAAACAAAUUGAUAUCAAGUGCCUGAGAAGCAAUAAAUUUCUUGUUCAUGAACACA